AUGAGACUCACCAAUAGUGCAGUUCCAGUCUAUACGGUGUCUGGUUCGUCGACUUCUCGCAGUCUCCCCGACUGGCUUCCCAAGCAGCAGAAACGAAAGAAAGACCCCGAAUAUGCCAAUCGUGUCGAAUUGCUACAAGACUUCGAGUUUGAGGAGGCCAGUCAAUGCGUGCGGGUCAGCGAAGAUGGCGAAUGGGUCAUGAGCACGGGGACAUACAAGCCACAAAUCCAUACGCAUUAUCUGCCCAACCUCGCGCUGUCAUGGGCAAGACACACCAAGACCUUGAACAAGACGUUCAUCUUCCUCUCAUCCGACUACUCGAAGUCUGUCCAUUUGCAAGAGGACCGCUCCUUGGAAUUUCAUACACCAGGUGGACUUCAUGAUUCGCUGCGAAUACCCCGGUAUGGUCGUGACCUUGCGUAUGACCGGAGCAGUACCGAAUUGCUGGUGCCAGCUGUCGGCGUCAAUGCGAAUGGUAUGGGAGAGGUGUUCAGGAUCAACCUUGAGCUGGGAAGAUUCAUGAACGAGUUCGAGGUCGAUGUCGGAGGAGACGACUUGAACUCCAUGGGCGGGGGUGCGUUGCAAGGAGGGAUUGGAACUGGCAGUGUCAAUAUUGCCGCUGUGGCAGAAGGCAGUCACAACCUGUUGGCAUUUGGCACGUCACUGGGCACUGUGGAAUAUUGGGAUACCCGCUCCAGAGCCCGAGUGGCUACCCUUGGUGUACCUCCAGACCUUGAAGGGCGGCCGGAGGUGACGGCGUUGGACUUCCAUCAAUCUGGCAUCAACAUGGCUGUUGGAACUUCUUCCGGUCUUAUUUAUCUUUACGACCUGCGAUCCUCACUCCCAACCUUAAAGAAGGACCAGGGCUAUGGUUACCCUAUUCAGUACGUGCAGUUCUUGACGCAAGGUGUCAGGACCCGAGACUCCAUUGGAGAUCCCAAGAUCGCCUCAGCAGACCGACGGAUAUUGAAGCUCUGGGAUGAGCGGGACGGGACGCCGUGGACUUCGGUAGAGCCAGCGGUGGACAUCAACUGCGUUGCUUGGUGCAAAGACAGCGGAAUGUUCCUGACGGCCAAUGAAGGUCGACAACAACAUGCAUUUUUCAUUCCUCAGCUUGGGCCGGCUCCAAAGUGGUGCUCGUUCCUGGACAAUGUCGUCGAGGAGAUGGCAGAGGAUCCAAAUGACCCAUACGCCUUCUCGAAAUCCAAGAUUGGGGAGGUCUACGACAACUACAAAUUCCUCACGCCAUCGCAAUUGCGGAUGCUCAAUUUGGACCACCUCGUGGGCAAGACGAAUCUUCUUCGACCUUAUAUGCAUGGUUUCUUCGUGGCUCAGGGAUUAUAUGAGGAGGCCAGGCUGAUUGCCAAUCCGACCAGCUGGGAAGAAGAGCGAGCAAAGCGGGUCCAGGCGAAGAUUGACAAGGAGCGCGAAAGUCGAAUCCGCGGCAAGAAGAAAAUCAGUGUCAAGGUCAACCGGAAGAUGGUGGAAAGGAUUCUUGAACGCGAAGAGAAGAAUGAAAGGCGCCGUGCAAAGAGGGUCCUGGCACAGGGAGGUGAUGAGGCUGCUGCUGCCGAGGCUUCUAACACCCUCUCUGCUCAGGACGAAGAAAAGGGUCUUCUCGCAGAUUCACGUUUUGCCAAACUCUUUCAAGAUGAAGAUUUCGCUGUGGAUGAAACAUCGAGAGAGUUCCAGCAACUCAACGCUGGCACCAAGGUGCCUAUGUCGGAUGGUGACCGAGAAAAGAGACUGACCGCUGUCGAAGAGGAGGCGAUCGAUGAAGUUCCCGGUUCGAGUGACGACGACCGGACGGAUGACGACGAUGACCCGUCCAGAUACAGAACGACCGACCGAAUCUCUACCGCGGACUACAAACGCUGCACAGGCAAGAAACAGAAAAAGAAGGGGGAUCAGAUUCAAAUGCGCGUCACUUCUUCUACGUCGAAUAAUGCUGUCAGAAGGCCAAAUGACCGCUCAUUCGGCUCGCGUGCUGAAAGUUUUCGACCAGUCGAACGGGCAAAAAGAAGGACUGGGUUUGGCGAUGCUGUCGGUGACAAGGUCAUCUCUUUCGAUCCUACGAAAAAACCAAAACGCGCAGACAUUACGAAUGCUAGUACUAGCAAGAUAUCGAGAGGUCAAGAUCGAAGAAGCGCAUCGGGAAACACGUUCAGGAGAAUGUGA